AAUUGAUGCCAUGAUAGCUGAAGCAGUAAGAUCUGAACGGGCCUCAUUUGCUGGUGAUCUUCAGUCCAUAUCUUGGAUGACAAUGGCUUUGGGAGGAAUCUGUGGGAGUUUGCUUGGAGGAUAUGCACUAACUAAUUUACAGAUAAAUAAAAUAUUUUUACUUUUUUCAGCAUUGCCGACCAUCCAGCUAUUUUCUUGUUGUUUAGUGGAGGAGAGUUCUGUAAACAAUAAAGAUUUUCCCGAACAUUCUACUUCAAAUGGAGGCCCCCACUCAAUGAAUGGUAGUUCUUUUCGCAAAGACAAUACUUCUGCUGAGAGGUCCAACAGUGUUUCGAAGCGAAAGAAGAGCCAGAAAAAUACCAAAAAUGGAACAGUUACCGUGAAUAAAUCCCAGGUAUCUAAAAAAGACAGAUCCUGGGCAAAACGAUGGUUUCAUUCUCUGAAAAUGGCCACUUUUACAUUGUUUAGGGCUUUUCGGCAGCCAAUCAUUCUAAGACCAAUGGCUUGGUUUUUCCUCGCACAUGUGACAUUUCCAAACCUAUCAACUGUCAUGUUCUAUUACCAGACAGAAAUUUUGAAACUGGAAGCAUCCUUCUUGGGCACAACACGUGUUAUUGGUUGGUUAAGCCUCAUGAUUGGAACCUUUAUUUAUAACCGGUUCUUGCAGAAGAUGAAAUUGAGAAGGAUUCUAUUGUGUGCUCAUAUUGGGUUGUCUAUUUUGAUUCUUCUGGAUGUAGUUUUGGUGUCUAGAUCAAAUAUAUCAUUAGGCAUAUCAGACAAGGUUAUGGUGCUUUUUGGUUCAGCUCUCGCGGAUGGCAUCAAUCAAUUUAAGUUCAUGCCUUUCCUCAUCUUAUCAGGGCAGCUUUGUCCACCUGGGGUUGAAGGAACUUUAUUUGCGCUCUUUAUGUCUAUUAACAACUUAGGAUCAACAAUUGGAUCAUUCGUAGGUGCAGGACUGGCUUCAAUUCUGAAUAUCUCCUCGGGUUCUUUCGACAAACUUAUCUUGGGAAUCAUUAUUCAGUUUUUCUGCAUCUUCAUCCCAGUCUGUUUCCUAUUUUUGAUACCGAAGGAAGCUACAGGUAUAUCAGCAUAGUUUAGAACAUAGAGCAUUCGAAUUAAAAGAAAUUCAUUGGGCAACGGGGCGACCGAGAUUUCUCCCCCUCUUUAAAUUACUGUGACUUUUUUUGUUCUAGACAGCGCAGUUAGAUAUUGGGAUCGAACUGAAAUAGCUAUACAUGUGUAAUUUUCAUUACUUACUGACACAGAUCAUUGCUCUGGAGAUUUUGGUACUUGGUGAAAUAGAUAUUGAGAAAUUGUUUUAA